AUCGACGACGGUGGAGGACGGGCCUGGCUUAUCCACUCGUUCUCCCCUCCUUUUUAUAAUCCCACCACCUUUAGCAACGGACGCGCGAAGCCACCCCGCCAAUUCUUAAACUCGCCCCGCGGCCCCUUCCAUUCCUCGCCUCCUCGCUAAUGGCAGCAGCGUCAGGAACCGCCGCGACGUUCUCCAUCAGGACGCCGGCGCCGGGGCUCCGGCGGCCCUGCGCCCGCGCCGCCGCGGCCGGCGGGGGCGCCAAGUGGUGGGCGCCGCUGCUGGGGUGGUCGGGCCAGCCCGACUACAUCGAGCCCCAGCCGGCGGCCGAACCGGCGCCGAAGGAGGAGCGGGGGAAGAGGCGGUUCGGGGUGCUGACGGAGGAGAAGGCGCGGCAGCUGCGGCUGCGGAUGAUGGAGACGGAGAGCUUCCACGACGUCAUGUACCACUCCGCCAUCGCCUCCCGCCUCGCCUCCGCCCCGCCCGACACCGCCCGCCGCACCAAGCCGUAGCCUGGCCACGCACGCACGCGCGCGCUCCCUUGGCGUACGUGACCGCCGUUCGAGGAGCAGCUCAGCUCGCCGGCCGGCGGGAAGCCAUGCAUGCGCAGCUGUGUAUUUUGUAUAUAAAUAGCAGAAGCUUUUGUUCGUUCGUUCUAGACCGCGACCGUGCUCUCCUCCUGGAUCGGGAUGGACUGAUCAAAGAAAAGGAAAAAAAACAUCAGUCCUGUAACAACACUUGCAACCAAGAAUGUUGUGAGAAAAUAAUAAUAAUGCUGCUGCAGGAUGCACAUAUGGUAUGUACCGCCAUUGA